AUUUGACGGUGCUGUCUCCUUGGCUGAUGUGGGAGGAGGCAGAGGCUGGGUUCCCGGCGCGUCCAGCUGCCGAUUCCGUAGCACCACGCCCGCGGGUGGUCUCUUCCAGUGUAAGCCACGGAGCUCGAUGAGACAGGAGCCACACCUGACGAGCGCGACCUACCUGCCCACAGCUUACUGCACACCAGCGCGGCAUGGGGAUCUCCACGUCCAGUCUGCUGGAUGAGAGCAAAUCAAAUUUUAUCAAAGGUCGGACACAGGAGGAGCUCGAUGCCUUCAGUGCGCUCUAUAAGCAGCAGUACUCAGUGGAGUAUGGCUGCCAGCUACGGGCUGAGAUGGACCAACAGGAGGAGCACAGGACACAGCUGCUCAAACAAAGGGAGCCUCUGAAGGACGGGGUGGUGCUGUACGAGGAGCACGUGCUGCACUUUGAUGACAGCAGGAAAUGGCGCGAGCGCUACGUGGUGGUGCGGGCCAAUUACAGCCUGGAGUGCCAUGAAAGCUACGAGAGCUUCGUUAAGGGCGGUUUGGCCCUGCAAAAGCUGCUUCCCACGGGGGGAGUUGUGUUGACGACAGAGGAGAAAUACAUGGCGCUGGUGGACCAGUGCUUCCCUGACACCAACAAUGUGAAGGAAGAAUUUACUCCUCCAGUGAUAGGGAUGCCAGGCCAGUUCCCUGCGUACCUGCGUCUGCCUUACAGGAGGGACUCCUACUUCUGCUUCAAACAGGAGGCCAGGCAGAUAGGCUUCCUCGCUAUCAUCAACGACUGCAUACGUCACCAGAACCAGGACUUCCUGAAGAAGGGCACAGUGGAGGUGAAGGCCUUCCUCAGGGCACUGAAGCUGCACAGGCAGAAGAAGGGCUACUAUGAAUCUUGGGACAUGCUGAUCGGCAGUGAUGUACGGGUUCUGGCUAAUGUAUUGAUGGCGGAGUUACUUCCAUCUCUGGAAAAAGAGAUUCUGCCCAAGCUGAAGGCUAAGAAGACAGAGAGGAAGAGGGUGUGGUUUGCUACGGUGGAGGCUGCCUAUAUUCUGAUUCAGGCGCGUCUCUUGGAGGGCCUGAACACUAUGAAGGAGGAAUGCAGGACCAGCGUCAGCCAACAGGAGGUGCUACUGCGCACAGACAUGGACCAGAUCACCAGCUCCAAAGCAUUCCUAGAGAAAAAACUCACAGCCAUGGUAACGGCUCCAGCCGAGAGCCACUGCUCUGAGCACGUGCAGCCGUUCCUGGCCUCCGUACUGGAGGAGCUGAUGGGGCCGGUCAGCUCAGGCUUCGAGGAGGCUCGACUCCUGGGUGCCACCAAGAUGGAUCAGCUGUGCCAGGAGUUUCAGGAGGGCGUCGCCAAGGAUGAGCUUAAGACGGCUUUGGCUGAGAUGAGUAAGACUAACCUACAGACGUGCUACCAGAUGGUGAGCAGCCUGCAGGACCAGCUGAAGGACCUGCAGGAGAGAUUCAACUACACCAACAGCCAAGGCCUGGUCCACAGCACACAGAUCGACCUGCAGCAGCUGAUGGAAAACAUGGCCUACACUUUUGAGCUGCUGUUACUGAAGGCUUUAGAAGACAACCCUGAGAACUGGGCACUGGCGAUGGAGAGAGCCAAGCACAGAGUUUUAAAGCAAUAUGACUAUGACAGCAGUACAGUGAGGAAAAGGAUCUUCCACUCGGCUCUGAUAGACAUCACCCUCCCCAGCAUGAGGAGGAGCAUGGCCCCCACUGUCAAAGAUGAGCUGCCGAAGUUUGAACAGUACAUCUUUGCUGAUCAUGCGCCAUUCAUCACUGUUGAGAAUGUCUAUGAGGACAUUCUGCUGCAGAUCCUGGAGACGGAGGUCUCUAAAGUGGUGAAGGAGGCAGUCAGUAUGAAGAGGUACAACCUCAUCUCAGAGAUGAACAGGGAUCACUUCAGCCAGUCCAGCAUCUACUCGCUCCGCGGCACCCCUCCCAGCUCCACCCCGGGCAGCCCCUCCAGGACAGGCAGCCUCUUGAGCCGCCAGCCCCAGUCCCAGCCCACCUCACCCCUCCUGGGCAACGGCAUCGAGGGAAGCCCCUGCUCCAAUGGGCCCUGCAGCUCCGUGUCAGAGGAGAAGGAGAAGGAGAAGGAACAGGAGGAGGAGGAUGCAGCGGAGACACCAGAACCUGUGCAGGCAGUCACAGUAAAUCCUCCAGCAGAGGGAGGGGAGAGUCCCAAUACAGCCGAUGCUGCUGCAGUAGAGGCUGAUCAGGCCACCAGUCCCACUGUAGAGUCUGUCAAGGCAGAGAAAGAGGAAUCGGCUAUGGCAGAGAGUGUGACACCUGAACCUGAUGCUUCUGUUUCCAUGGAGACAGCAGCUGUGGAUACACCCAGCACUACGGAAGAGGAAACAGUGGCAGCCACCAUUGUGGCUGAUGUCAUAGCGUCAGUCUCCAAGGACACCACUGAAGUUCCGCAGAGCCCUGUUGCCACAGAAACAGCAGUUGACCAAGGCCAGGUUGCUGUGGAGUCAGACACAGCUGCCUCCAUCGCCACACAAACGUCAUUCGACGUCCCUGGGGUGCCUGCAGCUGUGAGCACCCCAGUGACUGAAACACAUGCUCCAGAUGCUGAGGCUCCCAUAGGGGGGGCCUCAGUCAGCUCAGAGUCUGCCUCUGAGCUGUCUGAGGGGGUUGCAGUCACCUCAGAGCCCCCCAGCCAAACAGAGGUCUCUGAGGGUAGCCCUGCACCUGUCGCCCCUGCUCCGACUGAGGCCUGUGUGGAUCCCCCUGCUGGAGAUGAGCCUGUGACUGAAGAUGGGAACACUGAUACUGCUGAGAACAACAAGGCAGAUACUGAGGAGAGCAGUCAGUCUGUUUUCCAGGAGACUGCCGCCAUGGAGGUGAGUGUAGAUGCUACAGAGGAGAGCGCCAUGCCUAAAAGUGAACCUUCCCCGACCUCUGACCCCACUGUGGAGGGCACCCCUGCAAGUGACUCUCUGCCAGCUGAAGUGGAACUGAGUGUGGACACAGAGACGGCUCCCCCUUGUGACAACCCUGUGCUAGUGGACUUAGACUUAGAAAUGGAGGUACCACAGUGCAUAGUGGUUGAUUGUUUUAACGGCCCUCCACCAGCCGAAGCACAAGUGGAGGUGUCUGUGGAUGAAGUCCUGGUCAAACCUAGCAACACCGCUGUGGUCACUGAGGUAGAGCUUGUUGUGGAUGAUGGGGAGGCCGCUGUCGACAUGAGUGACAGUGAUGACCCUCAGCCAAAGCCAGCUGAAGUGCAGGUGGAAGAGUCUGUAGAUGCUGAGUCCAUCACACCCGCUGCUGACCCCGGAUCAGCUGAGGUGGAGGAGUGUGUCGACACAGAGGAGAGCAGCGCAGAGGGGACCGUUGGUGCUGAGGCAGAGAGUGACCCUGGCCAGAGCACAGAUCAGCCUGCAGCAGUGGAAGAACCAGCAGCACAGUCGGACACCCAGGCGCCAACUAGUCCCAAGGCCAGUGAAGAAGUGCCUUCAGCUGGAGAGAGCACACUGGACUGUGUGAAGUCGAUCCGUGAUCUGAUAGAGGAGGUUAUUGAGGUGGAGGAACCUGUACAACAUUACCCCAAGAGCCCCAGUGCAUGAGAGCAUAUACUGCUGAAUCAAAACCGCCAAAUCUCAGUGACUCAGUUAAGAAGCGAAGAAGUGCAAGGCAUCACCUAUUACAACACAAACCCUGGACCACGCACUCCUCUUGUUACUGUUGUGGAUCAGUCCAGCUUUCCACCUCUGAUCUUUAAAAAACCUGGACUGACAAUGGCUAACUUAUUAGCUAGCAUGCUGACAAUCACUUUCUUUUACUCUGAAAGCUAAGUGGAUGUAGUCAUAUAUGUCCACCUUUUUUAGAGCAGUAAGCAGAAGCUGGGUCUGGAGAAACUUAUUAUUAUUAUUAAUAUUAUAUUAUUAUUAUUUUGUUAUUCUGCUGAGCAUGUGGUUUGACCUGUUUAGACACCAGAGGGAUAUUCUGAAGAUUUUAAUUUAAUGUGUAUUAGAUUUGUAGGUAGAUUUAAAUGUAGGCUUAAUCAGUCUGGUUAAUCUGUUUAUGUAAUGAAAAGUGACAUUAGACAUGCUGUGAGGGAUUUGACAGAGUGAUGCUUUAGGGUCUUGAAAAGCCUGUUGGAUUUCUGUAGCUCAUUAAUCAUAAUGAAGGAUUAAGUGACCUUAAUCUCUCUGGAGAAUACACAACAUUUUAAAAAUAUUUUACAUGUCAUUUAUGUAUAGUCAUCCAUACUCUUUUUUAUUUUGUGUGUUCGUAUGUAAGCGAAUGCUGCCUAAUGCUGCCAAAGGUUACUCUAGAAACUGGCUGUUACUGGUGGGAAUGUGAGCCUCUGGUUUUUGUUCCUAUGCUUUAUAUUCCUCAGUAUUUACAGAAUGGUGAGAUUCUAGUUCUUCUAUGGAAUAUAUAGUAAGGGUUGCACCAAGCCCCAGGGGAAGGGUCAUUGUUUUGGUCACAGUACACCCUGGGCCAGUUGUCUCAUUACUGGUCACGUUAAACUACAUGCAUCAGCCGGUGAUACGUCUUUUUGGAUGCCUGGGGGUCCUGUUAGCAUUGAUAAGAGCAGCAUGCGUGUGCUUCUCCUGCCUCGGAGUGACAGAAUGAUCUAGUAACCUUUGACCUGUUGAGUUUAUCCACAAUGCACUUGUAGCCACGCCCUGGGAUUCCAUGAAUUCCACAGCAGAAAGUAACACACCUGUAAAACCUGAAGCUCGCCAUACCAGUCAGACUGCUGCAGGCCGUGUCUGUGUGUUCCUCCUAUUCAAUGUGCCGACACUGCAAAUGAUGCUGGUAAGAUAUUAAGUUUUAGUUUAUACAGUCGUGGUGCUGCUGACUAAAGUUAGCAUUUAAAGUUCUGGUGUACUGCUGGAACUAUGCAAUGAAACCAUCCCUUCACCAAUUCGCUUCAUACUUCAUGUCAUUAAUGCCAGUAAGGCAUCGUCAUCAUCCUGCCAUUACAUCUGACCGUCCCAAACUGUUUACCAUGUACAUCUUAAAAACAACAAACACAAAUAAAUACAAUACUGAAAUCUG